CAAAACAAAUGUUUGUAGUAAAAAAUAAAUACAUUAAAGUUAAAAAUUUAAAAUAAUUAUUUGAUUAGAAUAUAUUUUAAUGUAGGUACGGUUAACAUAUUAAAUCGUAUGCUAAAUCUGAAUUAUUCUUCAUAAUCUGUGAAAUGUGAACCAAAACAAAUAAUAUUAUUGUUACUAAAACGAAUGCAUCAUACAUAAAUAGAAACUCAUUAUUUUUCAUAUUUUUUUAAAUAAACCUAUAAAUAUUUUCUAUGAUACUUUGAGGUUUUUUUUAAUAAUAUACAACACCGUGUAGAUGUAGAUAUUACGUUGCUAAGAAAAAUAAUAAUUAUGUUUUGUAAAGAUUUAUUAAAAUGUGAUGACCAUAAUAUGAAUGAUAACUAAAAAGUUAUCCGCCCACAGUGCUAAACACUUUCUAUAUCUAGUAUCUACAAUGAGACUAGUAACACGAAAAUUCUGCGUGUUCCUGUGCAUUUGUUUUACUAUAAUUAUUAUAUAUUCAAUAAAUAGUAAGUGGCUGGUUAGUAAAAUUAAAAAGAACAGCCUACUUGUAGAUCAAAACAGAAGAUUGGUUUCAAAUGUACACACAAAUAAAGAAAAAGUAGUUUUAUCAUUUGUUGUUUGUGACAAAAGGUUUAAUGAAUCAUUGAAUGUUAUAAAAUCAGUGUUACUAUUUACAAAGGUUCCUGUUUAUUUUAUUGUGUUUGCUGAUAACACAUUAAGGUCUCAAUUUAACAGUACUCUAAGCAAUUGGAAGUAUAUUAUUGGUGAUCAAUUUGAUUUCGAAAUUCAAAAGAUACAUUUUCCUGAAGCCCAUAAAGAUGAGUGGAUGAAUCUAUUUAGCAAAUGUGCAGCGCAGAGGCUGUUUAUACCAAAAUUAAUUCCACACAUUGAUUCUAUGAUAUAUGUUGAUACUGACACCCUUUUUCUUGGACCUGUGGAGGAGUUGUGGAAUAAAUUCUCAAAAUUCAAUCAAUCUCAAAUAUCAGCAAUGACUCUAGAGGAUGACAACCCCAAUGUGUCUUGGUAUCCUCGGUUUGCAAAACAUCCAUUUUAUGGUAAAUUUGGUCUCAAUUCUGGAGUGAUGUUGAUGAAUUUGACCAGAAUGAGAGAGUUUGGUUGGGUGGAUUAUGUCACACCUAUUAUGCUGAAAUGGAAACUUUACAUACCAUGGGGUGACCAGGAUAUCAUCAACAUAAUAUUCCACUAUCACGAGAGUGCGGUGUACGUGCUGUCGUGUCGGUACAACUACCGCUCCGACCAGUGUAUGUAUGGGGACGCGUGUGCCGACGCGAUCUCCAGGGGUGUCUACGUGAUGCACGGCAGCAGAGGAACGUUCCACAACCACAAACAGCCGGCUUUCGAGGCGGUAUAUCAAGCGAUAGACGAAUUCGUUCCGGGUACCGAUCCAAGUAGGGUUCUGAAGAGCAUGGAAGACAAUCUAAACGCAUCUCCAGAAUCUAACUGCGGGAAUUUGAAAGAGGCGUUCUUGAAAGUACCCAGAGAGAUACUCGGACACCACAAGGAAUUGUUAAAUAGAUAAGUUUAUAUGAUAUACUCGCACGAGUAAAAAAAGAAGAACUCCGCGCCGUGAUAUUAUCAAGUGAAGCACCGUUAUGCUAGUGUGUGUGCGGUUACGGGGGAUACUAGUUACACAAUUUUUUCUCCCUUAAAUAAUCAUAAAUAGCCACAAAUACUUAUAUAGUAUCGUUUUUACACUUUUUCACAACGCACGACGGUAUUUUUAAGAUAUUUUAUUGAGACGCAAACUGAUAUGUCACAGACGAUGACAAUUCUCAUAAUGGCCGCCUAUCGGCCUGUAGUUGUGUAAGUGUGUGCGUGGGGCUAUGUAUGUAUUUACACGUUAAUCGGCUUGUUUUGGUGUUACACUGUUAUGUAAAGUGACACGGAGUCCUUAUUUUUUUACUAGUACUCUAUGAUAUAUUCUAAUUCUUAAAAUGUGAUAAAAUAUUAUGUCUAUAAUGUAUAUAAUACAUGUUUAAUUGUAAUCUACCUAAGUUUGUUAUAUUUAAGAAGAAUUUUAGAAAGAAAAUAAUAUGUAUUUUAGCAUUAUUAUCAAAUAUUAAAGGGUAUUUAACCGUGGUAGGCUAUAAAUAUAUUGAGAUUCUUUAUUCCAAUUAUAAUGUGUGGACCACCAGUGGUAGGCUACUUUGCACUUGAUGCCGGCUAGAUUAGGGUUACCACAACGGCGUCUAUUUCUGCCGUGAAGCAGUGAUGUGUAAGCAUUACUGGGUGCCGGUAGCUAGUGAAAUUACUGGGCAAAGGAGACUUAACAUCUUAUAUCUCAAGGAGACGAGCGCAAUUAUUGUAGUGCCGCUCAGAAUUUUUGGGUUUCUCAAGAAUUAUGAGCGACACUGCAUUGUAAUGGGCAGGGCGUAUCAUUACUAUCAGCUGAACGUCCUGCUCGUCUCAUACUUUACUUUCAUAAAAAAAAGUUAAGUAUGUUGGAAUUUAGAACCCAAUUCGGAUAGUGACAGUUGACACACGACUAAAAGAGAAAAGUGUGCUUACAUUGGUCUUUAAGCACACUUUUGCCGUUCGGCUAUCAAAGCGCGAUUGAUAUGUCCAUAUGUGUAGAACGUCAUUGAGUAAAAUGUAAAAAAAAACAAAUUGAACCCUAUUUCUAAUACAGUUAAAUACCUUUUUUAUAAAGAUUUUUCCCCCUAAUUAAAUAGGUAAUAUAUUUUUGAUACUGUACAUAUUAUCAAAUGCUUUUAUAUGUUUUAAUUGGACGUAAUCAAGACAAACGUUCCAAACCACAAUAAUGUCGAAAUUGAGUUAAGAACACAAAACUGGUCACGUGAUUCAUAUUACCAGACUGACAAAAAAUGGCAGCCCUACUGUCACCCUUAAACGGCCGUUCCCAAUAUUCAGUUGUGGCCUACUUGAGAUAAAAAUCGUAACUAUCGUUGACUUUUCUGUCCCAAUAAACUUAUCGACGGUAACUCCGUACACGCUGUCUUUCAAUGGGACGACGUAUAGCAUACCAGAGAGAGAAGUUUGUAUGGAAAUUGCAAUUCACGCGUCCCAAUAAGGCGAUAAGAAUGACUUAUCGGGUAUAUUGGGACAGCUUCAAAUUAUUGACAGGUACAGUGACAGUAGAAGGUAGUCAUUUAUCUCUAUCUGUAGAUAGUAUAUUGGGAACGGCUGUAAGUACCUAACAUCAUAAUUUAGUAGCCCAACCCACAUGUAUGGAAAACACAAAUAUCUGAAUAAACUUUAAAAACGAAUUCCUUAAAAUGUGAUGUUUGUGGCUUCAAACGUUUUUCAGGAACUACCUCCAAUUAAUUACGAAUAUGCUCGAAACAGAAAACAAUAAAUUACCAUAAGGUUAUACAAAUGAUUUGAGUUUUCUUUAGUGUUAAUUCCGCCAAUAUUUGUCUUUAAACAAUUCGAAACGCGUUUCGCCUCUACACUAGGCAUCCUCAGGACCUGUUGUCUCGCCAAAAUCUGGCACGAGACUCAAAUCAAUCAAACUCAGUCUCAGGCGAAACACGUGUCGAAUUGUUUAAAGAGAAAUAUCGGAAUUAACACUAAAGAAAACUCAAAUCAUUUGUAUAAUUAUGGAUAUCCGCAAAGUAACGCCUACUUCAAUAAAUUCUAAUAUAUAAAAUUCUCGUGUCACGAUGUGCGUGGACCGAACUCCUCCGAAACGGCUUGAACGAUUCUCAUGAAAUUUUGAGUGCAUAUUGGGUAGGUCUGAGAAUCGGACAUCUAUUUUUCAUCCCCUUAAAUGUUAAGGGUGGACCACACGAAUUUGUUUUUAAAUUUGUUUGAUUAUGAGUCAGCCACUACUUUUGUAUCGCGAUUUUAAUAUUAUUCUA